AUAUAAUACCAAGCAUGCUAAAAAAAUUGAAAUAACAAACUAAGGAUGCUUAUAAUAAACAUUUUGGAUAGGAUAAAUACAAAGAAAUGAAAGACGAAGAGUUCAAUAAAAAUUAAGAUUUUUCAAAGUCACCACUAAGUCUUCCAAAUUAAAUCAAGUCAGAUGAAUAAUAGGAUAAGAGUGAUUAAUCUAAUUAAAAUCAAAAUUUUGAUAAAAAUUUUUCUGAUGUUCCUCAAUUAGAUUUUAACAAGGCCAUAAUACCAGAAGAACUGAUUUAACAAAUGCAAGAAUAAUAAAUUCAACAGAUAGCUGAAGAGUAGGCUAAUAAAAAAUAUACUAAAAAAAAAUAAAAUGACGACCUUCCAGAUUUUCUCAAUUAGAAAAUAUGUUUAGAUGAAAAUGGUGAUAACUAUUACGAAGUGGCAGCCAAAAAGGCUAAAGAAUAGAACAGUACGUUGUUUUAAUUGAAAACAUAUGUAGCAACAUAAGCUACUACUGCAUAAAACUCAGUGAAAAAAUAAUUAAAAAAAUUGGACACUCAUAUAAAAAAUAAAAUACUUGAAAAAAAAUCACAUAUCAAUCUUUGGAUUGCAGGAUAAGUUGAUGCAUAGGUUGUCAGUCUGAUGAGCAGCAUUGAACCGAAAAUAACUGAUAGUGUCUAGAAAUCUGUCCCUUAUGAUUUUAUGCAAGGUUUUGCGUAAGAUACUGCAACCAACUUAUGGAAGGAUUUCACUGAUUUAAUCAGAUUGGAACUUAGGGCCAAGUUGGAGAAAAAAUAAGUAGAAAUCAGAAAGAAGGAUACAAAAGGAGUGAUUUAACAUGUCAGAAAUUUUAUACUCUAUUCUCUUUAUCCUGCCGAUCUCUCUAAUCGUGAUCACAUGAGGAGGAUUUCAUAUCAAUUUAUGAAAUUUUGUUAAUUACUUCCAUAUAUGGGAAUUCAACCACUGAUGUUUAGCAUCAUUCUGCUUUGUAUUAAUAAAGAUGAAGAAUUCUAAUUAGUCAAUUAUAUAGCUGAUUAUAAAUCUUUGCAAUUUAUUACUAAUGGAUUAUUUCCAUGCUUUCUGGCCUAUUUUCAUUAUUUAUUUUUUGAUUGUGGACCUGGUAAUCAUCAUUAAGUGUAUAUCCUUAUGUUUACUUUAUCCAUUUAAGUAUUAACUGUAUGGAUAGCCUAUCUCUUAUUAAACAGAUCUUAUUCUAGAGGAGCCAUUUUAAAAGAAUAAUUAACAAUUACUUAAGAUACAAAAGGAGGUAGACUAAAAUACUUUCUAAUCUAUGAUUUAGUUUGUUUGAUUAUUUCCUUAAUAAUGUCAGCAUUCUUAUAUUUUUAUAAAAUAAAAGAUAGUCCUACCUAGUCAUUUGGGGAUUUGUUAUUUUUUACAAGAACUGUUUAUGCCUUACUAAGUAUUCCCUUUGUUUGUUUUAUAUUCCCCUUUUUUGUUAAAAUGCUAACAAAUGCUAUUCCAACAGGAUAUGACAAAUAUGGAAAUUGUAUUCCAUCAUUGAGCACAAUACAACUGUCAUACAAGGAGACUAAAUUAAGAAGAUAAACAAUGAUAGAUAUUGAAGAGAUUCUGGAGAGGGAUUUGCUGGAUAAAAAUGAGGGUGAAGAUAAAAAACAAGAAGAUUAAAAUAAUGAAGAGAAUGUAAAUGGUAAAAGGAUAAAGUAGAAAAAGGAGAUGCAGAAAACAAUUGGAUGA